GACCUUUUAGUAGAUCAACAACAACAAAUACAGAAUCUGUUAUACCAAAAUAUUAGAAUCUUUGCAGAAAAGAUUAGUAAGAUGGGUCAGAUAGUUGGGCUUAGACAUAUCAACUUGAUAUAUUAUGAAAUCAAUACUAAAAAUACCUUAUCAAUCAAACAAUACCCAUAUA